GAAGGAUCCGGGGGGGCCACGGGCUGAUGCCCCCAUCCCACCAGCCGCUCCCCGCCAUCCGCAGUCUCCGGAGCGGCUCCAUCCCGGGAACCCCGAUCCCGCGGGAGCUCCGCAUCCCGGGAGAUCCAUCGCCCCCCCCUCGGUGGGGCGAGCCCCCUCCCCCGCCGAGCCCCCCCGGUUCUCCGCGUGCCGCGGUUGAUCCCUCCCUUCCCGGGGCUGCGCCGAUGGACUCUGCCAGCGCUCUGUGUGUGCGGCGGAGGCUGCGGCGGUAGCGCUGCUCCUCGGGAGCUGCUGUCGCGCCGUGUCGCUGACAGAGCAUCCUCUUUCUCCUCCGUAUCCCUCCCUGAGCAUCCUUCCUCGCCGGAGCAUCCCCCUCGCCGGCGCCGGAGCUUGAGCAGGGCGAAGGCUGAGCCAGGUCCAGGCCGGCAUCCAGGGUCCUCCUGCACCCCGUUCCACGGAUGGGUAGCGCCGCCUCCCCUCUCCCCGCACCCCGGGCCUGAGGGCGCAGCCCCCGAGCAGAGACCCCCCCUGCACCCCCAGCGCCCCGUCCGAUCCCACCGGCACCAUGGACGAGUCGUUCCGGGACCGGACCGCGUUCAUCCGCGGCGCCAAGGACAUCGCCAAGGAGGUGAAGAAGCAUGCAGCCAAGAAGGUGAGCCGGGGCAUGGACCGAGUGCAGGAUGAGUACACCCGGCGCUCCUACUCCCGCUUUGAAGAGGAGGAGGACGACGAAGACUACGCGCCCCAGGACGGCUACUACCGGGGGGGCGAGGGGGCCAACGAGGAGGAGGGGGUGUCCAGUGAUGCCACUGAGGGCCACGACGAGGAGGAUGAGAUCUACGAGGGCGAAUACCAAGGGAUCCCCCGGCAGGAGUCACUGAAGGGGGGGGAGCGCCUGGGGGCCGCGGCGGCCCCCGGCGCUUUCGACGACAGCGAGGGGCAGCGGAGGAAGGACCGGGAGGAGCUGGCGCAGCAGUACGAGCUCAUCCUGCAGGAAUGUGGCCACGGCCGCUUCCAGUGGACCCUCUACUUUGUCCUGGGCCUGGCCCUCAUGGCUGACGGCGUCGAGGUGUUUGUGGUGGGCUUUGUCCUGCCCAGCGCUGAGAAGGACAUGUGCCUCUCCGACUCCAACAAGGGCAUGCUGGGACUCAUCGUGUACCUGGGCAUGAUGGUGGGCGCGUUCGUGUGGGGCGGGCUGGCCGACCGGCUGGGCCGAAGGCAGUGCCUCCUCAUCUCCCUCUCCGUCAACAGCGUCUUCGCCUUCUUCUCCUCCUUCGUCCAGGGCUACGGCACCUUCCUCUUCUGCCGCCUGCUCUCGGGUGUGGGCAUCGGCGGCUCCAUCCCCAUCGUCUUCUCCUACUUCUCGGAGUUCCUGGCACAGGAGAAGCGCGGGGAGCACCUGAGCUGGCUCUGCAUGUUCUGGAUGAUCGGGGGCAUCUACGCUUCUGCUAUGGCCUGGGCCAUCAUCCCCCACUACGGCUGGAGCUUCCAGAUGGGCUCUGCGUACCAAUUCCACAGCUGGAGGGUCUUUGUCCUCGUCUGCGCCUUCCCCUCGGUCUUUGCCAUCGGGGCGCUCACCACAAUGCCUGAGAGCCCACGCUUCUACCUUGAGAAUGGGAAGCACGACGAGGCCUGGAUGGUGCUGAAGCAAGUCCAUGACACAAACAUGAGGGCCAAGGGCCACCCUGAGAGGGUCUUCUCGGUCACCCACAUUAAGACCAUCAAGCGGGAGGACGAGCUCAUCGAGAUCCAGUCGGACACCGGGACGUGGUACCGGCGCUGGCUGGUCCGAUGCCUCAACCUGUCCCAGCAGGUCUGGAGCAACUUCCAGCAGUGCUUCGUACCUGAGUACCGGCGGGUGACGCUAAUGAUGAUGGCGGUGUGGUUCACCAUGUCCUUCAGCUACUAUGGGCUCACCGUGUGGUUCCCAGACAUGAUAAAGCACCUGCAGAGCAUUGAGUACGCGUCGCGCACAAAGCUCUUCACGCGUGAGAAGGUUCGGCACUUUACCUUCAACUUCACCCUGGAGAACCAAGUGCACCGUGCUGGGGAGUAUUACAAUGACAAGUUCAUCGGGCUGAAGAUGAAGUCGGUGACGUUUGAGGACUCGCUCUUUGAGGAAUGUUACUUCGAGGACAUCACUUCCAGCAACACCUUCUUCAAGAACUGCACCUUCAUCUCCACCGUCUUCUACAACACAGAUCUCUUUGAGUACAAGUUCAUCAAUAGCCGGGUGGUGAACAGCACGUUCCUGCACAACAAGGAGGGCUGCCAGCUGGACUUCAGCGAUGACAACAACGCCUACAUGAUCUACUUUGUCAGCUUCCUGGGCACCCUGGCUGUGCUCCCUGGAAACAUCGUCUCGGCCCUGCUCAUGGACAAGAUCGGCCGCCUGCGCAUGCUGGCUGGCUCCAGUGUCAUGUCCUGCAUCAGCUGCUUCUUCCUGUCCUUUGGGAACAGCGAGUCUGCCAUGAUUGCUCUGCUCUGCCUCUUUGGGGGGGUCAGCAUUGCCUCCUGGAAUGCACUCGACGUGCUCACCGUGGAGCUGUACCCCUCCGACAAGAGGACGACGGCGUUUGGGUUCCUGAACGCGCUGUGCAAGCUGGCGGCCGUGCUGGGCAUCAGCAUCUUCACGUCCUUUGUGGGCAUCACCAAGGCCGUGCCCAUCCUGUUUGCCUCAGCCGCGCUGGCCCUCGGCAGCUCCCUGGCCCUCAAACUGCCCGAGACACGGGGGCAGGUCCUGCAGUGAUGGGGGGCUGGGGGAGAGGGACUCCCUCCCCGGGGCACCCCCAAAUCCAGCGUUUCCCCCCUCGUGCCCCUGGGAUUAGUCGCGUUAGACACUGUGAAACGUCUUCUUGGAGCAUUUGGGAUCUUUUUCAUUUGCACUUGGACCUCCCCCACCCCAGAUCCCCCUGUACCUCCAAAACCUCCUCAACACCUCAAACUCUCCCCGGUCCCCAAAACUCCCCCUGGACUCCCCAUUCCCCCCUCAACCUUCAAUACCUUCCUCAGGCCCCCAAUUUCUUUUCUUGGUGUCACCCCGUAUGUGAGUUGCUGCUCAUUCCUGGGGGGCUGUGGGACAGGAUUUAGGGGGGCCCUGGCAUCGAGGGGGGAUGACACAGGCCCUCUGAACCCCCAUAUCUCUGUGUAUCCCCCCAAAUCCCUGCUGAGCCAAGGAGGAGGAGGAGGAUGAAGUCUCUGAAUGUGGGGGGAGGGUCCCCUUGUGCCUCAGUUUCCUCAUCCCUGUGGAGGGCACUCAGCAGGGUUCCCCAGACCCCCAUGGAUUUGGGGGAGGGCAUCUAGGGGUGGCCUGCUGGGGAGAAAGAGCCCUUGGGGUGCCUCAGCAAUGCCUCGGGGCGGGGGGACACAGGAUAAUAGGGUGCAGCAGUUGGGGGUGUAGAAUCCCCUUGGGACUCCCUGACAAUUUUAGGGUGUCCCCCCCUUAAAGCACAUGCCCCAUUCCCCCAGGGUCCCUCCACUUUUGGGUGCCCAACUUUUAGGGUGCAAAGCACAGUCCCCCCCAGCCCCAGCCCUUGGUCUCAUUUGGGGUGCAGCAGUGGGGGACCCCCAAAACUGCCAGUUAGUGAUUUUUAAGUGAUUUUUAAAGGAUUUCCCCUAUUAGAGGGAGGCUGGAGUAGGUGAGCAGGGGUGUGGGGAGCUCCCUGCACCCUCUUUUCCUCCUCCCAGCCCCUUUCCCUCCCUGCAUCCCCAUGUCCCCCCCACAUCCCCUUUUAAGCCCUCCACCACAAUAUUACCCUGCACCCCCUUUUACCUCCCCCCAGCCCAAAACCACCAGCGGUUUGUAAAGCACAAACAGCCCCUACCCCCCAAAAAAAUUGGGGUACAAGGGGUCCCAGUGCUGUGCCCUCCUCAAAAGAAAUCGGGGUUCAGGGGGGUCCAGUGCUGUGCCCUCUCCAAACCUGGGGUUUGGGGGGGUCCCCCAUGCUCUGCCCCCCUUGCCAAUCAGCCCCACAGGGCAGGGUCGGUCAGAGCCGCCUGGGAGCUCCCCCCUCCCAUCCCCAGGGCAGCCCCCUCCCAUUCCAAGCAGCCCCCAUGUGCUUUGUCCCCUCCUUGGUGUAGCUGGUCCUUGGGGCCCCCCCCCGGCCCCCGUGUAGCUCUGUCGUGCUGUGCUGUAGUUUCAGGUGUUUGUAAAUUAAUUAAAAUGGAAAAAACA